CAAACACGGAUUUAGCUCACUUGCUCUACACCAGCCGCUGUCCUAUCAUCCUUACUCCCUAGCUUCCCCUUCAUUGAAAAAAAAAACCCCCCAAAAUGGUUCGAGCUGCUUUCUACGACGACAAGGGGCUGAAGAAAGGCGCGUGGAGCAAAGAAGAGGACGAGAAGUUGCGGGACUACAUCCUCCGAUACGGCCAUUGGAACUGGCGCGAGCUCCCCAAGUUCGCCGGCUUGUCUAGGUGCGGAAAGAGCUGCAGGCUUCGCUGGAUGAACUACCUUCGCCCUGACUUGAAGCACGGCAAUUUCACCAAAGAAGAAGACGAUCUCAUCUUCCAACUCUACCAACAGCUCGGAACCAAAUGGUCAGCAAUAGCUUCCAAGAUGCCCGGAAGAACAGACAACGAGAUUAAGAACUACUGGCACGCGCAUCUCAAGAAGCGAGUAGGGUGGACAGCUGCUGCUGCGGCGGCGGCGCCGAAGAAUGAGAACAGAUCAUCGUCGUCUUCACUCGGCAGUCAAACCCGCGGGGAGAUCGAUGACAUGGACGCCGAAGGUGCCACUUCAUCUCCUGGCAACACGAUGAUGACAAUCUCUCCUCCCAUACUCGAGAGCUCCCCAUUGUCGUCACCGGCUGCCUCCUCGUCCUGCGGCGCUGAAUCGGAGCCGGUGAAUGCCGCCGUCGGAAGUUGGGAAGAUGGGAUUUAUAGUUAUGAUUACCCAAAUUGCUAUGAGACGAUAAUUAGUGGUUGCGGUGGUGGGGAUUUCUGGAGCGAGCCAUUUGUGGUGGAUGAUGGUACAGUAUUAUACGGUGGUGGCGAGAGUUAUAACAGUGACCAGCCAUAUCUUUUUUCGUGGGUAGGAGGAGAUGAUGAUGACGACAUAUCGCUAAUGUACCGAGUGAUGCAAGAGCUUCCAGACACUACUACUACUACGCCGUGUCUCUUAUGAGAGCUUUAAUCAAGGACAGGUGUCCCGGGCCCUACUUUGGGAUAUAUAUAUGUUCUUUUAAGAGAGAACCUUUUCUUUAAUUGAUCAUCUUUGACCUACUUACAAAUCGUGCCG